UUAAUGAAGUUGGCCUGGUCACUCAAGAAAGGAUUAAAGGAGAAUUUAAUGUCACUGAACCGGAGUGUUUGGGUCACUAUGUGAGCAGGAUGAUCUCAGUUCAGAGCUGUACCAGGAGGAAUAUGGCUGGCUUUCCUCCCGCUUUACCAGGGUUUGGCAGUUCAGGAAAGAGCUUUCUCAUUGACAACUUGCUCAAGUCUCAGACACCUUCGGUUUGUCCAGAAAGAGCAGCAAGUGGACGCCUGAGACGAGCCGCAUGUGAGCAGCCAAAGAGAACCUGGGGACAUGAACACGGAUCCCACCCACGGGAGCUUCUACCGCACUCAGGUGUGCUGAGUGGUAUUUUCCUGCAGAGCCCGCAGUAUCUGCUGGCAUGCUGCGGUGGGUCCAGCCCCCCUCCUGUCUUCUCCAAGCCAACAAAUGUUCAGACGUGGUCUACUAACGCAAGCCCUAAAUCACGUAAAGGGAUCCUUCGAAGGGCUGUGUUCUCUGAGGAGCAAAGGAAGGAGCUGGAGAGAACAUUUCGGAGACAGAAGUACAUCAGCAAAACAGACAGACACAAACUGGCAGCUGAUCUCAGUCUCAAGGAGUCACAGGUAAAGAUCUGGUUCCAGAACCGCCGUAUGAAAUGGAGGAACAGCAAAGAGAAAGAAGUUCACAACGUUCGCUCCCCGAUGGAUGAACUCAUGGCCAGAGGUCUUGCUCAGGAGGAGGAAGAACCAACACAAGAUACAGCUAAUUCAACAACAGAGAGCACAUUGGCAAAAAAGACUCCGUGCCAUACAUGAGAGGCAGUGAAGAGUUGAAGCCAACGUUCCACAUUCAGAAAUCACUCAGCAAAGACUGCAGUAUGGAGUUCAUUAUCAGUGCAGACUAACACUGUUAAUCCUAAAUGUUCUUGGAGUGGAAAGUCAUGUUUUGUUGCAUUAUACUAGAUUUUACAGCUUGGUCAGUCAUUUUAUUCCCAAAAGAUUCCCAUAUUCAAUUGUAAUUGCAAUCCCACAAAGGCCAAAAUGAAUCAAUUCAUGUUUCAUUGCAUUUGCAUAUGAAACUUAUAAAAGUUUUGUUGAUGUUG